GAGCAGACAUCAAGAGUUCACAGUAUUAGGGUUCUUGGAGAAAUAUCAGUUGUAGUUUCAGAUACAGUAAUACUCAUAAUCAGCUAUGUCUCUAGGUUCACAAGCGCCUGAUAUACUCGGGGAUCGUCAAUCCGGUCAAGAUGUUCGCACACAAAAUAUUACUGCUUGUCAAUCUGUUUCGAACAUAGUGAAGACUUCACUUGGUCCAGUUGGCCUUGACAAGAUGUUGGUUGAUGAUAUUGGGGAUGUAACCAUCACAAAUGAUGGUGCUACAAUUCUCAAGAUGUUAGAUGUUGAGCAUCCAGCUGCCAAGGUUCUUGUUGAAUUGGCUGAGCUUCAAGAUAGAGAAGUAGGAGAUGGAACUACUUCUGUGGUCAUCAUAGCAGCCGAGUUACUCAAGAGAGCAAAUGAUCUUGUCAAAAACAAGAUUCACCCCACAUCUGUGAUAAGUGGAUACAGACUUGCAAUGAGAGAAGCUUGCAAAUAUGUUGAAGAAAAACUGUCAGUUAAGGUUGACAAACUUGGAAAGGAUUCUCUUGUAAACUGUGCAAAAACAAGCAUGUCUUCUAAACUGUUAGCAACUGAUGAUGACUUCUUUGCAAAUCUGGUUGUUGAAGCAGUACAAUCUGUUAAAAUGACAAACGCACGAGGCGAAAUCAAGUAUCCAAUCAAGGGAAUAAAUAUCCUUAAAGCUCAUGGAAAAAGUGCUAAAGAAAGUUACUUAUUAAAAGGAUAUGCACUUAAUACUGGACGUGCAGCUCAAGGAAUGCCAAUGAGAGUUUCUCCUGCAAGAAUUGCAUGUCUUGAUUUUAAUCUUCAAAAAACAAAAAUGCAAUUAGGUGUUCAAGUUUUAGUCACUGAUCCACGUGAGUUGGAAAAGAUUCGUCAAAGAGAAUCUGAUGUGACUAAAGAACGUAUCGAGAAGCUUCUAAAAGCUGGUGCUAAUGUUAUUUUGACCACAAAGGGUAUCGAUGACAUGGCACUCAAGUAUUUUGUGGAGGCUGGUGCAAUUGCUGUGAGACGUGUGCGUAAGGAGGAUUUACGCCAUGUGGCAAAGGCAACAGGGGCAACUUCGGUUUCAACAUUUGCUGACAUGGAAGGUGAAGAAACUUUUGAUGCCUCUUUCCUUGGAUAUGCAGAUGAAGUAGUGGAGGAGCGAAUUGCAGAUGAUGAUGUCAUACUCAUCAAAGGAACCAAAACAACAGGGGCUGUGUCGAUAAUUCUGAGAGGUGCUAAUGACUUCAUGCUUGAUGAAAUGGAUAGGGCGUUACAUGAUGCUUUAUGUAUUGUCAAAAGAACUCUCGAAUCCAAUACAGUGGUUGCAGGAGGGGGUGCAGUUGAGGCUGCUUUAUCUGUGUAUUUGGAGUACCUUGCUACAACUUUGGGGUCCCGCGAACAGCUGGCGAUUGCAGAGUUUGCUGAGUCAUUACUGAUAAUUCCAAAGGUUCUUGCUGUGAAUGCUGCAAAGGAUGCGACUGAUUUGGUGGCUAAGUUGCGUGCGUAUCACCACACUGCACAAACUAAGGCGGAUAAGAAACAUCUGUCGAGUAUGGGUUUGGACUUGGUGAAGGGUACGGUUCGGAACAACUUGGAAGCUGGGGUUAUAGAGCCUGCGAUGAGUAAAGUGAAGAUACUUCAGUUUGCAACAGAAGCGGCUAUAACGAUACUGAGGAUUGAUGACAUGAUUAGACUUGUGAAGGAUGAGAGUCAAGAUGGUCAAGAUUAGGGCCUGAGGAUAUUUUGAUGCUAAAUGUACUUUUGGAUUUUGGUUUGUGUGGAAACCUUCUACUACUUGGAGAGUAAAAGACUAAAUUGAAAAAGUAAGUCUGAUUGGGG